AUGCAUCAUCCUAACCAACUAGACGAUCCGAGCUGCAGCGUCUCCUCUUUCCCCGCCCUUGAUAUUCCUACAUCUGGUUCUCAAGAUACAUACGAUGCUAGCUCGCUCACAAGAAGAGCUGUGUCCUAUCAAUCCCUACCUUCACUCGACGUCCAUGUCUCAUGGGACGUUGAAAGAUCAGAUUCAUCUCACGGCUUCGUCCCGGCCACGGUGUUCUUGGCCAGCUCAUCUCAUCUCACACCCCAGUGA